AUAAUCGCUUCAAGAGCGAGCCUUCGCUUGCACACUAUAUCUCUUUGCAGUUUCCGAACUCAGAUGUCAAUGAGUUCUUUGCUUCUUUUAGCUGGAUGGUUCCCUCUACGAAGCAUCACUGGCACGAAGGUGAGGCAUUAUGGAGAAGGGGAAGCAAGCAAUGGGAAACGAUGUUUCGAGUGAGAUGGCAAUGAAGAUGAAAACUCUCUGCCCAUACCCUGUCGAGCCUAAUUCUACGGGUGAAGGUUUGCCUUAUGCUCCCUUGGAUUGGCCAAAUCCUGGCGAUGCUUGGCGUUGGUGGGUCGGCCGCAGGACCGAUCUUUCUGGUUUCUAUCGAGACAGGUUCUUGUAUCUUCCAAAGCGUCUCCGUGUCCCUGGCACUGCUUCUGCCUUUGGGAGCAAGUCUUCGUUCAAACGCUACAUCUCUUCACAGUUUCCGAAUGCAGAUGUUGAGGAGUUAUUUGCUUCUUUUAUCUGGAUGGUUCCCUCCACGCAACAGCGCCAGAGCGAAGAUAUCUUUCCACAGGUACCAAUGGUUGAAAUGAAAUCUAAGAGGAUGAAAGAAGCCCCCUUUAAUUCCAAGAUGAAGAAAAAGGCAAGAGCAGCUAUGUCACAGGCCUUCCCUAGGCGCAGGACGCGACAAAGUUACAAAAAACCAGCUCAAGACAACACUGGAAGUGACGAGUCUGUAAUUGACGUGUGUUCCCUAACGGAUGACAGUACCAGUGAUGGAAGUGGACAUUCAGAAUAUGGCUCUGAGCCGCAAAUUGAUCUUGAGGGCAUUGCUUUAGACCAAAGUCUCAUUUCUAGCUGCUAUGCACCCAAGGAUUUUGAGACACAAGAUAUGCAAAAUGUCCAGGAUCUUCAUGCUCAAUUUUGUGAAGAAGAUUUUGAUGACUGUCUAAAGUCGUUGGAACAUAUUCUUUCCCAGCACAAUGUUGAAGCUCAGGUGCAGACUCCUUUCACUUGUGUAGGUUCUGAUAUGGCAGAGGACAUGUCUACUUACCGCAAGAAGCUUUCUUCCAUUCUUGCCCUGGAUUUCUCAUGCUUGCUGUCUUCAGAGUACCUAGAGGAGAUUAGUUAUUUAGUUGAGAAGCUCACAGCAGAUCGCUUCUUGACUGUCGAUCAAUUGCUUAAGUUGAAGUCGGUUGAAGAAAUCCCCAAAGCGGGCGAGGUUUUCCUGCGCACUAAGGGAAUUGCUGAGCAGGGUAUCAAAUUUUUCGAAGAUCUUCGGGCCAUGAAGGGCAGGGUUUCUUCUAUCAAGAGGGAGUUCAGUGAGCUGAAGAAGGGAGCAGGGGAAUUGCAGUCCCAGAUAGAUUCCAAGUCAUCUCUUGUGCGAGAAAUUGAUGAACAAAUUGCACAGCUUCAAUCUAGGAAAGCUGAACUUGCUCGUGACAUCGAGUCGAAGAAUAAGGCGAAAGAGCAGGUGGUUGCUAAGCAGAAGAUCGUGGCAAACUCUACAUCAGCUGUCAUGCGGGCGAUCCAGACUGCCAUUGCUGAAAUCCCAAUAUGGGAAAUGAAGAAGAAAAAUGCCGAAAAGCGAAUGGCUGAGAUUCUCGCCAGGUAUGCGCCUCUCAAAGGUUUCUCCUUUGAGAAAUCCGGCUGAAAUUGAUCACUCACAGGACAGCUGAUGAUUUCAACAGUAACCAUGCUUCGCAGCUUUUGUGUUUCAUUCCUUUGGAAUUUUCUCAGUGUUUUCUUGGAUCGAUGUGGAAACGAAAGCUUAGUUCGGUCGGAUUGCUAAUUCACUGAUUUCAACUCUGUAAUCUGAACUGCUAGAAUUAAUGGAAAGAGUCACAAUUCCCAGCUCAUCUCUCUGAAUGGA